AUGAAGCUCGGGCAGUUCGUAGUCGGGGCCGCGCUCUGUUGGCUGCCGUCGCAAGCUGUGGGCCGCGCUCUUGGUGGUAAGCCGAGCGACUUUAUCAUAGCCGAACGUGCACCACCACUCCAGGACAUCGUCACGUGGGACGAACACUCUUUAUUUGUUCAUGGUGAACGGAUCAUAUUCUGGGGCGGUGAAGUUCAUCCUUUCAGGCUUCCCGUGCCGAGCUUAUGGUUGGACAUCUUCCAAAAAAUCAAAGCUCUGGGGUACAACGGUAUAUCCAUCUAUACACCAUGGGUUCUACAUGAGCCAAUGCAAGGAUCCUUCCAAGCCGAAGGUGUGUUCGAUUAUGGGCCAUUCUUCGAAGCGGCGAAGAAGGUUGGGGUGUACUUGGUCGCACGACCGGGUCCUUAUAUUAACGCAGAGGUACACGGGGGAGGCUUUCCUGGUUGGUUGCAGAGAAUUAGUGGCAAUCUUCGCACACCGGACGCAGAUUAUCAGCAGGCAUCGAAAAACUACAUCGAGAAUAUAACUCCAAUCCUUGCGGAAGCCCAGAUAACCAAUGGAGGGCCAAUUAUCUUGUUCCAGCCAGAGAACGAGUACAGUGCGGGUCUUAACAACGUCACCUUUCCGGAUGCGGACUACAUGAACAACCUCAUGAAGCAAUUUCGUGAUUUUGGCAUAAACGUCCCAAUGGUCAACAACGUUGCGUGGCCAUCGGGAAUCAAUGCACCUGGCACAGAUGCUCCUGUUGAUAUUUACGGGCAUGACUCCUAUCCUCUGGGUAUGAAUUGCACAGAUCCUACCUACUGGAUUGACGAUGCGUUACCUGCCAAUUGGCGGGAAUUGCAUCUCGAGCAGAGUCCGAGCACACCCUAUAUGCUUGUUGAAUACCAAGGCGGGGCUUAUCAACCAUGGGGCGGCGACGGCUUCGAGAAGUGUGCCGAGUUCACAAACCACGAAUUCGAGCGCGUGUUUUACAAGAAUAACAUAGCAGCCGGUUCGACCAUCUUCAACGUUUACAUGACUUUCGGAGGUACAAAUUGGGGGAAUUUGGGUCAUGCGGGUGGUUAUACGUCUUAUGACUAUGGCGCAGCUAUUACUGAAGAACGGCAAGUCCAUCGUGAGAAAUACAGCGAGGCCAAGCUCAUUGCCAACUUUGUGCACGCAUCGCCGGCUUUGGCCAGCGCAGUUCCAGGUUACAACACUACUGGGAUCUACACAGAUAGCAAGGACAUUACCACGACACCUCUAAUCGGCAACAACACGAACUUCUACGUUACACGUCAAACUAAGUACAACAGUCUGGCCUCGACAAAGUACAAGCUCAAGCUCUCAACUAGUGCUGGUAACUUGACACUUCCACAGCUAGGCGGGGAGCUUUCCAUGAACGGCCGCGACAGCAAAAUCCACGUUACCGACUACGAUGUUGGGGGCUUCAACCUGCUAUACUCCACAGCAGAAAUCUUCACGUGGAAGAAAUAUGGCAGUAGAAGCGUUGUCGUUGUCUAUGGCGGUCCAAAUGAGCUUCAUGAACUUGCUGUGUCCAAGACCAGCGGCGCAACUGCCGUUGAAGGUUCUGGUGUCAAGUUUGGUAAUCGCAAUGGCAACACCAUCCUCAACUGGCAGACGGAAGAGAAGCGACGCGUUGUACGCGUUGGCUCCGAUCUAUACAUCAUCAUCGUCUCCCGCAACGAAGCGUACAACUACUGGACCGUAAGCACGCUGCCUGCGGGAGCAGCAUACUCGCACGACUACACGCCUUCGUCUGAUUUGAUUGUUCAUGCUGGCUAUCUUGUCCGUAGCGCCUCAAUCUCAGGUGGAAAGAUUGAACUCGUCGGCGAUCUCAAUUCCACAACGACCAUUGAAAUCGUUGGUGGCGCACAUGAGAACAUCAACAGUCUCUCUUGGAACGGCAACGACCUCGACGCACAACGUGAUCGCAACGGUUUCUUGAAAGCAAGUGUCACUUUCUCAGCACCCAAAAUCAGUAUCCCUGACUUGAACACGCUUACAUGGAAGUCUAUCGAUGCGCUUCCGGAGUUACAGCCUAACUACGAUGAUUCAGCGUGGACUGACGCCGACCACACUGAAACGAAAAAUACAUACUGGAACCUCACCACCCCCACUGUUCUUUGGGGUGCAGAGUAUGGCUACAACACAGGAUCCUUGAUCUUUCGUGGUCACUUCGCUGCGACUGGUAACGAGACCGUGAUGCAUCUCAACGUAUCAGGGGGGUCCGCUUUCGCAUUCUCUGCGUGGAUCAAUUCGACUUUCCUUGCAUCUUGGACUGGUACUGGUGAUGCUGCAAUUGCAAAUCAGACGUUGUCCUUUCCAAGACUACAGCGUGGCUCGAACUAUGUGCUUACCGUACUCGUGGACCACAUGGGCCACAACGGUAACUGGUUCGUGGGCUAUAAUGAGAUGAAAACGCCUCGUGGCAUUCAUGGAUACGAUUUCCCCAGUCAUACUGUUGCAUCGCAAUCGAACUCCUCUCGUGCUGACGAUGGUAUUCGAUGGAAAAUUACCGGCAACCUUGGCGGUGAGGACUACCGUGGUGGCCCUCGCGGUCCUCUGAACGAAGGCGCAUUGUACCCAGAAAGACAAGGCUUCCACCUCCCGUUCGCACCAACUGAAUCCUGGACCAGUGACAUUCUGCCUGGGUCUCAAGUCAGCAAGCCUGGUGUGCGCUUCUAUCAGACCACGUUCAAACUCGACAUCCCCAAGGGCUGGGAUAUACCCCUUUCGUUUGUGUUCAACGGCGAUGAGUUCACCGGAAAGGGCCGCGGAUGGCGUGCUCAGCUGUGGGUGAACGGGUAUCAAUUCGGCAAGUUUGCGAACGCCAUCGGGCCACAACGCAGAUUUCCUGUUCCAGAAGGGAUCUUGAACUAUCGAGGCGAGAAUACAGUAUCGAUCAGCAUUUGGGCAUUGGAACAGGGGGGUGUAGGACCAAGAAGCAUUGAGUUUGUCUCAGGCAUGCCAGUGCAGUCUGGAUAUGGCGAUAUUACUUCUGCGCCUAUGACUGGCUGGGAGAAAAGAGAUGAUGCGUACUGAAUUUCUGUCGGGUAGACUGUAGAAGGUUGCGAUUGCAGUUCACAGCUCGGUUGCGGCGAGGAGGGGUUUUUUGGUGGCCAUUAAAUGCAAUACGUAUUCCUGGGGUUGACAUUCUACUGGUUCAUCAGACCAUCCUUCUCUACUCGCAUUUCACUUGAAACACG